AUGAGUGACUCUGUCGUCAAUGAACUUUCUGUUGAUUCCAGCAACGAGAAUAAAAAUAUAGAGGUACCAAUGAAUGGGGUCGGUGAUGGAAUAGAGAGCGGUGAUUCCAGUGACGAUUUUGGAAACUUUUCAGAUGCAUCUUUUGAAAAUGAAGAUGAUCUCGAAGAAAACACCCAAUCCGAUGCAAACGUAAAUGAGUUAAAAGAAUUGAUAAAUAAAAAUUUUGAUAAAAUCUUUGAUGAAGAGAUAAAGUGUGAAGACAUUGCAAAUGAACAAGCUACAAGAAGUCAUGAAAUACAAGAACUGAUCUUAAGUGAAAGACCAAGUGUAAUUUAUGAACAAUUGGUGCAGUUAGAUACCGUAUUGCAUCCGUUUGUAUGGUCAAAGUCUUCUAUUAAAGCUGCUGUAUUCCAUAUUCUACGAAUAGAACUUACUCAUGAUUUAGAUUCUUUGGAAACAGACCAAGAACCUUUAAGUGAUGUACUUUUCGCAAAGAUCCUUGGUUCUUUAGGUUCCGAGUUGCCUCCAACAGAAAAGGUACUACAUGACUAUUUCAAGUAUAAGUACGUCCCACGCAUAACACAUAGAUCUCUCCAAUCAGCAAAUGAACUAGAAUUGUACGAAAAAAUACCAAGCUUGAUUAAUACCGAUGUAAAUUCGUUAGAAUCGGAGUCUGCAGUUUCAAGCUUACAAGAAUACCACGAUCUAGUCUGCAAUGCAAUCGAUUUGCUGUAUGUCAAAUAUAAAGUUUUAACUAAACGUGAAAGUGAUUUAAAUAGGGAUAAAGCGAUGUUUGAAAAUGUUGUCUCUAACCUAACAGGCCAUACUCAGAGAUUACAAAGAAAUGAAAUAGCAAACUACAAUAAGCAGAAGAAAAAACAGCAUAGAUUUAGUUGGAUAAGCAGAUAG